ACUCUGCCACUUCUUUACCAGUGGCAUCAUCAUCAACAUCAAGGGUUUGUACAGGCCAAGAAAAGAAGUGAAAUUACUACUCCCUAUACUAGUUAUUAGCUAUAAGCCCCACCCCUAAACACUUAACAAAAUCUCUUAUUUUUCUCUCUUUUUGUUCUGGUAGUGUAUUUUCCCGAGAAAAUAUUUGUUGAGAAAGAAAAGAGCUUUGUUUUUGUUGUUGGGUUGUCCUGGUUAAGUUGGUGGCUAACCCAUUUCUGUAAUUUGGUUGCUGAAUAGAAUAGUACAGAUAAAAGAGAAGACCCAAUUUGCCAAAAGCCGAGUUUUGGAAGAUGGGUUAGGCUGGAAAUAUAAAAGGCUGGUGUUUUUAAGAGUGUUUCUGGCGAGGCUUGGUGGAGGGAGCUGGUGGUGUGUCCUCCAUUAAAAGCUGGAACAGGGAAAGCACAAGGAGUUGAGCCUGGAUCCACAAAGGCAUCAUCAGCAACAAGAGGGGCAACAGUUGUAUGCAAGCCUGGAAACUCGAGAGUGCCCGCCGCCAUUGAAGAAGCGCUCGUACUUGCCGUCGACCCAACAUGCAAGGAAAAUGGGGGACAGCCACCACCAAGCUGCAACAUCGUCAAGAUUGGGGAUAAGGCACGCCGGAGGGGAGAUCGUCGAGGUCCAAGGUGGUCACAUUGUUCGGGCAACCGGAAAGAAAGACCGUCACAGCAAAGUUUGCACUGCUAAAGGUCCUCGGGACCGACGUAUUCGUCUCUCGGCUCACACCGCCAUCAAGUUCUACGACGUACAGGACCGCCUUGCCUACGACCGUCCUAGCAAAGCCGUGGACUGGCUUAUAAAAAAGGCCAAGCCCGCCAUUGACGAGCUCGCUGAGCUACCUCCUUGGAAACCAGAAAGCUUCAAUACAACAAUUGCUAAACCUAGUAACGAAGAAGAACAAAACGCCAUUCACAUCAACCAUGGUGGAAACCUCGUGGAAAACCUUGCUGCCGGGCCGGGUACUCGGAGGAGAACGGCGACAAUAAUGAGGAAUGAAGUUCAAAAUCUUGAGCAACAAGAAAUGGGAGAUAACCCUAAUAAUAAUUCGGGUUUUCUUCCACCUGCUUUAGUUUCUGAUGAGAUUGCUGAUACUAUAAAGUCCUUUUUUCCAUUGGGAUCUUCGACUGAGACUCAGUCUUCUUCCAUACAGUUUCAGAAUUAUCCACCGGAUUUGUUGUCGAGGACCAGCAGCCACAGUCAGGAUCUUCGGCUUUCACUUCAGUCUUUCCCGGAGCGGAUUCUUUUGCAUCACCACCACGCACAAGCUGCUGCUGCAGCUCAGGCACAGCACAGUGAACCCGUUUUAUUAUCUGGAACCAGCCCAUUAGCUGGUUUUGAUGGAUCUUCUGCUGGAUGGGAGCAUCACCACCAACAUCCGGGGGAGAUUGGAAGGUUCCAGAGAUUGUUUGCCUGGAAUAAUAGCGGCGCUACUGCUGAUACUGGCGGUGGUGCUGGCGGCAGCGGUAGUGGUGGUGUAGGAGGAUUUCUCUUUGGCACUCCUACAUCGCAUCCGAUGCCGCCGUCUUCUUUUGGCCAAAACAGCCAAUUGUUUUCUCAGAGGGGACCCCUUCAGUCCAGUAACACGCCCUUUGUUCGUGCUUGGAUAGACCAGCCGAUUUCCACAACCGACCAACAGCAUCACCAUAAUCAAAUCCCAGAAAACAUCCAUCAUCAAGCUGCUCUAUCUGGCAUUGGAUUCACCACACCUGGUGUAUUCUCUGGAUUUCGCAUUCCGGCACGAUUUCAGGGCGAAGAAGAUGAGCACGACAGCAUCGCCAAUAAGCUGUCCUCUGCUUCUUCUGAUUCUCGCCAUUGAUCAUAUCAAAGAAAAGCCAAAGUCUUUACUUGGUUAGCCUUCUUUCUAUUUCCAUAUAUAGUUUUGAAUACCAUAUAUUGCACUUACAAGCUUUUCUGCUUAUUUAAGUGAUUGAUCUUUCGCACAGGUGGAUAUUCGAUCGUUGACAGUUGACUGUGAACUCAAUGAGGAGAUAAUGUGAUAGAUUCACGAGUCAAAGACUGGUUCGAGGGAAGAUUUUGGUCACUUAGAAUCAAUGGCCUAUUGCCGUGGGAAGGAGAAAUCUGGGUGGAUUUCAGGUUUUUCGAUCCCCGGUUAUAUUUAGUUUUUAUCAGCUGAUUGCGUUGUAGCUUAAAUUUACAUUCGUGUGGGCUCUUGGAGCUUAAAAAUGGUUUCCGUUUCGUUGGACUUGUGUUUCAUGUUGCCAAUCAAAUUGUUUGCAACGUUUGCUACUGUUUCUUAGUGUUACUACUGAGAUGUGAACCUGGUUUGUUUU